AUGGGUCUGCUGACGAUUUUACGUAAACAAAGGGAGCGAGAACGUGAAAUUCGCGUACUAAUUCUUGGUCUGGACAAUGCAGGGAAGACUACUGUGACUAAGAAGUUCUUAGGCGAAGAACUAAGUACUGUGGAACCUACUCUCGGUUUCAAUAUCAAAACAGUGAACUUCCACGAGUUUACGAUCAAUUUCUGGGACGUUGGUGGCCAGAAAAGUCUUCGCUCUUACUGGAGAAACUACUUUGAGCAAACGGAUGCACUUAUAUGGGUGGUGGACUCCGGAGACCAAGAGCGUAUGCUUGCAUGUCGAGAGGAACUGAGGUCAUUGCUUGGCGAGGAACGCCUUUCAGGUGCAACUCUGCUUGUGCUUGCCAACAAACAGGACUUGCCCAGUUCUCUUCGAGUUGCUGAUAUUGCAAAGAUGAGCUGUGGCGGUCACGUCGAAUUUGUGUUCCAUUAUCGGGUCACGGAAUUCAUGAGACUAAUUGUUGAUAAUCUUGACCGGAUGGAAACGGACUCUGCAAAGGAUGUAGCUGAAUGGAUGAUGAAGAGAAUCAGAGGGCGUGUCUGUACAUCCACUGCUCGUUUUUCGAUUGACGAGGAAGAUGAGGCUUAUGUUGACAAUAUAACGGUGCCUUUCCUAUGCGAUUUGCUUCACACUUGUCAGAAACGUCAAGUAGAGCGCGUUGAUUUUGAAGUUGAUAGUGAACCUCGAACCGUUUGCUGGAAAUGUUACUGCUACACUGAUGAAGAAAGUCCGUUGAGGUCUUGUGACGAAAGUAUGACACUGGAAGCAAAAUCCGUAGAGGGGGACUUGGAAGAUUCCUUUAUUGACUUUCUGAACAGACUAGAACAACGUCAGGAACUCAUCAAGGAAUCUGCUCUUCGUAUUCUUUCUCCUCUACGCACUACUGUUGUAUCUGAACAUAACCGACUCGAGAAAUCUGUUCAGACCGCCCCAAGUUGCCUUCCACCCGACGUAUUUGUUCCAGAGUUGCCUCCUCCUGACCUGUACCAGUGCCACGAUGCUCAGUUAGAUGAUGGAAGUGUAGACAAUUUUGUGGAUGCACUCUUUGAUUUCGAACCAAAGUUCGAUAUCCUCAAAAAUGUGAGAACAGUGAGGUGUGUUACUUCUCCUUCAUUUGUUUUAUCGAGAGACUUUUGCUGGAACUAUGAAGAUCUCACCCGGAACUGGGAACGUUCUCUGAAAGCGAUUAGUACAAUGUGGCCAUUAGAAGAUGCACGAUACAAAACGGUUUCUGGUCAGGAAACAUUGUCCAAUAUCGAGGACCUGAUAACUCUUCAAGAAACUGCGGUGAUUGCCCAUCAGAUGCAAAAGAGGUGGAAUCGAGUACGUGAUGAUGUUGGUCUGUCGAUGACUGCUGCUCUCAUCACAGGUGUUGGCGGAGUAAGCGAAGGAACGCAGGCGACUGCGGCAUCUGAGAAAGUGGAAAAGAAAAAAGAAAGUGAAGAGUGGGUCAAUGCUUUGCUGAAGAUGUUGGAGCAGAAACCGGCAAAAAGCAGAAAGCUUCUCAAAGGCCUAAUCAACUAUUCAAAAGAUCACAAAAGCAACAUUAGUUCUGAAUCAGACAAUGCUCAUACCGCUCUCAAUGUAUACGAGUACAUGAAAAUGAAGUUGAAGGAACAUGAAAGAGCAAAGAAAUCCGAAGUGAACGCGAAUCUGUCGGAAUUAAAACCCGAGAAACCGGAAAGAGAAGCGAAUCAACAUGAUAUUCGCGCUUAUAUGGUUGGAAGAAAGAUAUACGAUCCCUCUCGAAGGACCACCGGUGCGCAAACAGAUAUUCGAGAGUUUUGUAUCGGAAAAAAGAUGAAAAAAGCAACUAGAGCCGAAGUUGUCGAAGCAGCAGCAAAUACCUUUUCACCGGGAAGUGAGAAAGUGAAAUCAUCAAAGCCCAAGUCCACUUCGAAGCAACGUAUAGCUGGAAAGUACUACAAAUUGACUAAAUCACCCACACUUGCUGUUACCGGAGAGUCGCCGACGACUUUUGUUGGUGUAUCUCAGGGUUCUGCAGUGUAUGCGAAAAGCUUUAAAAUCGUUAACCUCUCUUGCAAAGAGCUGCAGAUUUCGAUGUCCGCUGUCGACUGGCCGGGACAGGUUCAACUCUUGCACCCUGAUUCUGUGACUCCAGUAGGAGCGGGACAAACAGCAGAAAUACCGGUUGCUAUCACUCGACCUCUAAAUGCUGGUGAAUCGGAGUGUCUGCAACUACGUGUUCUGCACAGAAACGUUCCGAUAUCCCACGCAAUCUCAUUCAAAUACAAUUCGUUGAAGGAACAUUGCGAAGGACCACAAUUAUCAGAUUUGGAUGAUCCGUGCGAUGUUCUCACUAAGCUUCAUAAAGCUCAAAAGAAAGCGCGCUGUCUAAGAUGUCCUCGUGGUCUUGAUGAGACGAAAAGUACCGAAGAAACCAUUCAUACAGUCAUCAAUAUGUUGAAGGACGAGGUGGAGAGCCUUUGUCGUGGAGUUUUUGCGGACGCAACCGUACAGGAAGAAAUGCAAACCGUUAGCGUUAAAUGCCCAUCCAAUUUUAUCAGCGAUGUUAUCGAAGCUGAGAUGCCCAUUGAGAGUGAGGGAAAAGAACAAGAGUUCCAAUAUGCUGAAAGCAACGAAGGAGACUCGAUUACUUCGGACUUUGAAAUUGUAGACGUAGACGAAGGAGGGAGCAUGUCUUCGGACCAGGAUGAGAUAGAUGCAUAUGUAGUUUAA